UUGAUUGUUGACUACUCGCGUUUAGUUUCGAACGCUUUUGGUUGAAGGAAAUGGGGGAAAAACGGUGAUGAGAGAACUGUUCAACGGGAGCUAAAACAGGCGCACUUUGUUUAGCAGUUGGAGUUUGGGAGUGUGAAUUUGGCGAUAUGGGUUACGUACAAGAAGCCAGGGAAAAUCACGUAAAGAAGAAGGUUGAGGAAGCUUUGCGCAGUAAAAUGAAGCAGAAGGCACUAAAAGAAUGCGAUCGCUACACAGCCAAAUAUGCUGAAUGUGCUGCAGGCAGAACGCUAUCUGUUGUUUGGAAAUGUCGCACACAAGCUAAGGAAUUGAAUGCAUGCCUCCACCAAUACACAAAUGAUUCUGUCCUGGAACAAAUGAAGAAGGAAUACAUGCUUCAAGAGGGAGGAAAGGGGUCCCUAAGCCUUUGAGUUCGUUCUCUGAAAUUGUCGCCUGGAGUACAUUAAUUUCCGCCUGAAGAAAAAUGCACGAAGCAAAAACAAGAGAAAUUUUGGAAAUGAAGGUGAUGCUAUGCCCUAGUAUCCUAGUAGUUCCAUCUCUCCACAAUUUGGCAGCCCAGCCGGUCUGAUCACUCCCUUUAAAAACCAAGACUUUGUUACGAUAGAAACAGCCUCAAUGUUGUGCCUCUAUUUGCAGUGUCUUUGGAGGAGAUGAUGGGUAUUAAUAUCAUGGGACAUAAAUGUGUUUCCAUUCAUGGUUAUUGCACUUAAGAUUUGUCCAGUUUUCA